AUGGUUUUUGAUGUGUCAAAUAUAACUGUGUCUUUGCUGUCUGGAUGUAGAAGAGGAGAGGAUAGAAUUCCUUUAGAUUGGGAUACCCGACUAAGAAUAGCUAUUGGAGCAGCAAGAGGAAUCGCUCAUAUACAUGCAGAGAAUGGAGGGAAGCUUGUCGAUGGAAACGUCAAAGCCUCAAAUAUCUUUCUCAAUCCACAACAGUAUGGCUGUGUUUCUGAUAUUGGUCUGACAACUAUAAUGAGCUCACUGGCUCCACCUAUCUCCCGUGCUGCUGGUUACCGAGCUCCAGAAGUGACAGACACCCGAAAAGUAGCACAGCCUGCUGAUGUGUGGGUUCAUUCAGUUGUUCGUGAGGAGUGGACAGCAGAAGUAUUUGACUUAGAACUGAUGAGGUAUCCAGGCAUAGAGGAAGAAAUGGUGGAGAUGUUACAGAUAGCUAUGUCUUGCGUGGUAAGAUUGCCAGAUCAGCGACCUAAGAUGCUGGAUGUAGUGAAGAUGAUAGAAAACGUGCGGCGGAUGGAUAAUGAGAAUCGUCCAUCUUCUGGAAACAGAUCAGAAAGCACAACACCCCUCGGAUCAACACCGCCGCCAGUAGUUGGAACACCCCAAUCAACCUCAAAAGAGUGA